AUGCCUAGCAAAAUCCUAUCCAAGCAGGCUGGUAUUUCCAAGCAAUCAGUCGAUAAGGACAAACUACCCGAACGAUAUGGCCCAUUUUACUUUGAUCAACCCAUUGACCACUUUUCCUCCAACAAAACUACAUUCAAGCAUAGAUAUUGGGCCAAUACAGAUGCUUACAAGCCUGGUGGUCCUGUUGUUCUAUACAAUGCUGGUGAAACACCUGCUGAUGGACGCUCAUAUUACGUUGUGAAUUCCACCAUGGCUGAGCUUGCAAAGAAAUUGAACGGUAUCAUCAUUGUCAUGGAGCACAGAUUUUAUGGUAAAUCGAUGCCUGGCCCAACAUUUUCUGCCGAAUACUUGUAUACUUUGAACACCAAGCAAGCUUUGGAAGACAUGGCAUCCUUUAUUACUGACUUGAAGCUUCCCAAUCUCGAUGUAGAAUUACCACCAGCACCUGAAACAAAGUACAUAGUAUACGGAGGCUCUUAUUCUGGAAACCUUGCAAGCUGGAUGCGCCAAAAAUACCCUGAAUUGGUGUUUGCAGCAGUGCCAUCCUCUGCACCCGUGCAAAUGAGCUACAACUACUAUCAAUACUUUGACCCCAUUCGUAAAUACGGACCCAAGCAUUGCAUCCAGGCAUUGCGCUCUGUCAUUCUGUAUGUAGAUCAUAUCUUGUUCAGUCCCAUUGGUCAGAAAGCAGCACUGAAAAAGAAGUUUGGUGCUGAGGAUUUGGAGCAUGAUGAUGACUUUGCUGAAUUAUUAUCUUAUCCUUUGGGAUUAUGGCAAGACAUGACUCCAGCAAAGAACCCUUUUGUCGAUGAUUUCUGCUCCAUUUUUGACGGCACCACAUCGCUCCAGGAGCAGGUGGAAGCGUAUGGCAACUAUAUAAAGAAUGUCAUCAAAAGGGCCUGCGAUGAAGAUGAAACUGUCAAUGAAUGCCUGGAUACACACGACCCUCGCUCCAAAAUGUACAAGGAUGAUACAGAUGAGUCUCGUGCCUGGUUUUGGCAGGUCUGCACAGAGUAUGCUUAUUGGCAGACGGGAGCUCCUAUUUGGAGACCUACCAUCGUGUCUCGCAAACUGGACACAGCUUGGUUCCAACGCCAAUGUCCUCUGAUGUUUGGUGAGCAUGAAGUGCCCAAGCGACCCAUCUGGAGAGAGAUAAAUGAAGAGUAUGAAGGAUGGCACGCCAGCCUGGAUCGCGUCUUUUGGAUUGACGGUGAGUGGGAUCCCUGGAGAACGCUCAGUGUUCAGAGCGAUGAUGCCCCUAAUCGUAUUGACUGGGACGAAGAUGCCAAAUACGCUGUGUUACCCGAAGCUGUUCAUCACUGGGAUUUCUUUGUGAGCGACUCUGUCUCGGAAGCUGUCAAAAACACUCAAAAUGAUGUUUACGAAGCCAUCAAAAAAUGGAUCGACCUAGCAGAUAGAGAGACAUACCGUCAAAGAUCCAGCAGCGACAAGUACAUUCACCAAUAUCAAUCGCCAUACAGUGUUUAA